UGGCGCGAUCGAUCGGAACGCGAUCUCGAUAGAAACAGAAACUUCGAUAUUUCUCAACGUCACGUUAGUUCGCGCUGCCCACGGACAGGCAGAUUCAAGAAAUGAGAUACGACGAAGAGGUGGAACGAACGGUUUCUGAAAACGGCCAGAGAUUUCAAGGAAAGGAUCGCCUCAGAGGACCGCGCCGUGGCGAGAUGCUGUCGCCCCGUUGAACGAUCGCCACCGUGCCGAGAUCAAAACAGAGAAACGUACAAAAUGUUGACUACGAGCUCGAGCAAGGAAAAAUUCUGCGUCUGCAAGCUGAAAUCUCGAAUUGUUGUCUUUGCCAAAUAAGUCGUGAGCAACGCGAUCAUUCGGCCCCGGAACAUGGCUUCGUCCACGAAGAGGUCAUGGAAACUCCAGGAUUUUGUUGCCCACACGUCCAAUGUCAAUUGUCUGGCAUUGGGUCACAAGUCUGGACGUGUUUUGGUCACUGGUGGCGAUGACAAGAAAGUGAAUCUAUGGGCUGUUGGGAAACAGAAUUGUAUAAUGAGCCUGAGUGGUCACACCACUCCGAUAGAAUGUGUAAAAUUUGGGCAAACGGAAGACUUAGUAUGCGCUGGCUCGCAGACGGGAGCACUGAAAAUUUGGGAUUUGGAGCACGCCAAAUUGGCCCGCACGUUAACAGGACAUAAAGCAGGCAUACGUUGCAUGGACUUUCAUCCUUAUGGAGAGUUAUUGGCAUCUGGAAGCUUAGACACUGCGAUCAAGUUGUGGGAUAUUAGGAGGAAAGGUUGUAUCUUUACAUAUAAAGGGCACAAUAGGAUGGUGAAUAGUCUCAAAUUCAGUCCUGAUGGCCAGUGGAUUGCUAGUGCUGGGGAAGAAGGAAUGGUUAAGUUAUGGGAUUUAAGAGCUGGUAGGCAGCUUAGAGAAUUCUCAGAACACAGAGGACCGGCAACAACAGUGGAGUUUCAUCCUCAUGAGUUCUUACUAGCCAGUGGCAGUGCAGAUAGAACAGUUCAUUUCUGGGACUUGGAAUCAUUUCAACUUGUAUCAUCUACGGAUCAAAGUCACUCCACAACAAUUCGGUGCCUCUAUUUCAGUCAGGGCGGGGAAUGUCUUUUCGCUGGUUGCCAUGAUGUGUUAAAAGUAUAUGGUUGGGAACCGGGUCGAACGUUAGAUUCGGUUCCGACUGGUUGGGCGAAAGUGCAGGAUAUAGCUGUGGCCCAGAACCAGUUGAUCGGUGCAAGUUUUCAUACUGCCAAUGUCGUUUUAUACGUGUGCGAUUUAAAAAAAGUUGCUCCGUUAGGAGGGGUGUCAACGUCCGAUUCACCGUUCAGUCACGGGAACUCGUUAAGGAAAAGCUUCUCCAGGGAAAGGCCUCCCGGAUUAAAGAAACAUACGCUAGACGUGAGGACUAUAGAAGAGGCAGACAAGUCCGGAACAGAUCCAGAAGAUGAAGCAACGUAUGCCGACAUACCGAACGUUACAGCUUACCAUGACAUCUUUCAACCGAACAGGUCGCUGUCUCGCACUCCACCUCCAGAACCUGAGGCUUUCCAGGAGCCUCAAGACAUAGAUCCCACGCAGCCACAGAUACUACAAAAUCUUUCUACCUCAAUGUCAAAUCUAAGCACAGCAGAACCAGAGGAAGUUCCGCCCAUUUCGUCGCCGUCAUCUCCACCCCCGCCCGCGCCAACGUUAUCAUUGACCAAGCCUGUACCCGUGCGUGUUCAGCCGAUCAAGUCGUCGCCACCCGUUCAGAGAAACGCGUUGACAUCGACGAGCCAGGCAAAGACUUUGCAAACGAACAAUGGCCUUAGCAGGACGUCGAAGAACUUGGCGUCCAUACCGCCCCUUAGACAAAACAUUACGCCUCUGCCUGGCAAGAAGAUCGGCACUGGCAGUGAUUUAGGGACGCUUCCACAACCCUUGGGCCCUCAACGGUCGAAUUCAACUUUGACACCGCGGGUGGCGCCAAUGGCUGCCGUUCUUCCAGUAAUGGACGAUGGGAAACUGAAGAAUAGAGCACCUAGCCCGGAUUCUCCUAAGCAUUAUCUAAAGAGGCAGAGUAGUUGUAGGGAUGGAGAACAGGGUUACGAAAGCGAUUAUCCGGUACAAAUUAAUAGUAUAAGGCAUAGCCCCUCUGAUCCAGCGUUAAACAGGCCGAACUCGGCGCAGUCCAGGUCCACCUCGCUAAAUAGAAACUUUACUACCUCAUCGUCGCUGUCUGCACGCAACGCUUCCACUACCACCACCACGUUCGCGACAAAAAAAUCGAACAAAGCUCAAGUGCCCCCAAACCCUAAGAUAGACGUGCGGACAUCUCAGGUGAGGCCAAGCGUAGAAGCUACAGAGAAAGAGGAAAUCGUCCCUAUAAGUGCCGAUAAACCUUACGGUCUGGACGUCGAAACCUUUCUACCUAACCACUUCGCGGGUUCAACAGCGUUUGGCUACCCUCAGAUCGGUGUCCUCAACGAAAUGUCCGAGGCUGAAGUGCUCAACAGCAUGAUGCGAGGCCAUGAGGCGAUGAUGACUGUACUGACGAAUCGUCAUCGAUCUUUGCAAAUCAUCUAUUCCCUGAUGCAACACAAAGAUCUUAAGGCUGCAGUGGAGUCCGCUGUGGCGAUGAACGAUCUUUCAGUGAUCGUGGACCUAUUGGGAAUAUUGACUCUAAAACCAACAAUGUGGAACCUGGAUCUGUGUAACUCUCUGCUCGGCCCGAUCGGGGAUCUCCUGCAAAGUAAAUACGAAAUGUACAUAAAUGUUGGUUCUACGGCGUUGAGGCUGAUCCUGCGGAAUUUCGCUUCAGUGAUCAAGUCGAACGUGGAGGCGCCUCUCCAUACGAUCGGCGUGGACGUGUCGCGGGAGGAACGAUACCACAAGUGCCUCUCCUGCUACGAGAAGCUCCAAACGAUCAGAGGCAUCCUAUUGAAGAAGCAGUCUGCGCCGGGCAAGCUGAGCGCGACCUUCCGCGAGCUGGCAGUAUUAAUGAGGAGCAUCGAGUGACCACGGCUGAAGAGCACCGCGCACCCCGCCGCCAGACUCGUCGUUACCUGACAGAGGACCGGGACAGGCCCGUGCAAACGCCGGGGAACCCCGGAACAACCGGCCCGCUCGUUCGAGCUGAUACGCGCGCGGCGAUGGCGCGACGGAUCGGACCGAGAAUCUCCGUUCCCUUCGUCGCCGUUCGGCUCCCGUCGGUUCCUCGUGUCGAGUCGUCGGCCCGCGUGGAGGAAGAGCAACGUUGAACACCCGCGAUGACGAAGAAAACAGCGGAGAGAACGAGAGACGCGAACGGAAACACAGAGGCGGAAAACGAUUUUUGUAACGGGAAAAGAGAAACAGAAACCGCGAUAAGAAUGCAACGAUGGACUUGCUAGUGGGCGGACGUUGUUGUUCGCCGGACAAUUGUCGAUUCGCCCUUUCAUAAAGGGCUGCGCGCAGCCCCCUUCGCCGAAGGGUUGCCCGCGGACGCGAAAAGCUCCCUCGAUCAGACCAGUCCGAGCCGCUCUUCUUACUUUCCUUUUGUCUUCUCUUUUGUUUGUUUGUUAGGAUCCUAGAGUGAUAAGGAGUAUUGUAUAUUAUUAUAUAAUAUAUUGCGCUAUAUUAUAUAUACCGACUACCGACGAGAAUGUGCACGGGUCGCGAGACAAGGGGGUCGAUUCUUUGACCCCCCGCAGGAGGGUGUGAUCGACGGGAUUUUUCGCGAGCGUCCACGAUUACUUUUUUUCCCCCCCGGGGUAUGUUUUACCGGUGUUUCGACGGCCUUCUUGCCAGCCUCGCGGAGGAGCACUUCCGGCGA